GACACAGACGAUCUAGAAAACGGAAGUCGAGAGCAUCUAUGAAAGUCAAACUGUAGCACGGUGAGCCGGGAUGUUCAUUGGGGUGAAUUAAAAAUGUCAGGUUACAUUUUAUUUAGAAUAGUAGCCUUAACGAAAUGCGCCACAUCCAACGCUUCAGCGGCCGUGUGCAGGUCCAACACGUGGAGCAGAGUAGAGACACGAGGAUAUGCGAAGAAAGUUGCGGCCAAAGGAAAAGGUAAAGGCAUGGCGAAGGAAGAGCUGAAAGGUCCAGAGGUGUGUAAGGACACCGCCAGACUGACUUCUCAUGCAGUCGGGGCCAAUAUCUUUAAACAGGGAGAUGAUCCCAUACUGAAGACCCAUGAGGAAUAUCCAGAGUGGUUGUACCAGUUGAACCUGGGAGAGCCCAAAAAGCUGCACGAGCUGGAGUCGGACAACUGGGAAUACUGGAAGCGUCUGAGGAAGGAAAACAUUUGGCGAUUCAACAGACUCCAUAAGGGGAAGAAGUUUUGAGCCUUCAUUUGAUUGUGGACAGUGGACAGAUCUGUACAGUGAUGUGCUUCAGAAUAUUAUGAACUGAAUUAUGACAACUUUUUACAUGUUCAGAUCACAUCUUAAGUUUCUGAGAGAAUUAUCAUGACACCAACUCUUCACCACUUGCAAUUCAUCUUGUAGGUUAGCUGAAAUCACCCAGCAUACUCAGUCUUUUAACUGCAUUGGCUCCUCUGGGAACAUUGUUUGAAAGAUGAAAGCUUGAAAGUGUUUGUGGCUGACUUCAGGAAGUGUAUGACGGGUCAUGUUGAAUACAGUGAGGAAUCUCACUGAUAUGCAGUGCGUAUAAUGCUGUGUAAUCCAACACGAUACCCCAAUCUCAUCAACAACUGAAUAACAGAAGCUUAACAAAUUAUGGAUGAUUCAUUUUGACCUCAGACUCAAUCUCACCAAAACCUCCACUUAGUAGCGUCUGUGACACAAUUUAAAUCACCAGAGCAGCUACAUAAUGGACUUUGUUGUGCGAUCUCAAAAAUGUAGUGUUUACUGUAUUUGAUGCAGGUUGAUCAAAUGGGAUUUGAUUCUGUCUGUAAUGGUAAUGGUCUGAUGAUAUUUCCACAAAACAAUUUCUCCUUUUUCUACCACUUUUUUUUGCAGACUUAUCAUAAAUAAAUACAAUCCAACAAACAAUGUCUUAAAUUCUUACAAAAUCCUCUCGAAUAAACCUGCUUCCACUGUAUGAAAGGUUUAAAAUCGAAUUAAUGGUUAAUAAACCAUUUAUAAAGAGCA